CACACUCACUCUGUGUCUGGCGACUGACACUGGCUAGCAGUGGCAACUUGCUUCAAAGCUCAUGGCAUUUUAGGCGUGUUACAAACGUAAUCUGCCUUGAUUAUAUUCAAUUUAUGUUGUUUAGUAAACACUAAUUUGUUUUAUAGUUAUAUAAAAAUGUUGCCAGUUUUCAUAGAUUUGACACUUGAUGAUCAGGCAAUUGAACUGAGAUCAUUUUUCAAAAGCCUUGGGGCUGAAAUUUCUGAGGAAAAAUCUCCUAAAGGCAAUGAAGAUGACUUGCAUAAAAUCAUUGGAGUGUGUGAUGCCUGCUUUAGAGAAGGAAAUGAAGCUGAAAUAGAAGGAGUCCUCAAUGCCAUUGUAUCAAUGCUUGUUUUGAUACCGGUUGAGAGGGCAGAGAAUUUAAUUUUAGCCUUCAGUGAAAAGUUAACCAAAGCUCCUGGCUACAAGCUCGGUUUAGUCACUCUGCGAGUGCUCUGGCUGCUGUUCCAAUCACUGGACAAGCGCUGCUCCAUGCGCUACCAUGUCUACUACCAUGUGGUGCAGAUAGCCAGCAAGGUAGACCAAGUGCGAGCAGUCUUCAAGGAUGUGGACUCUCUGAAACAGCAGUUCGUUCUGUGCCCUCCCUUAAACGAGCAGAUGCAAAAGUUGCUGAGGUUACUGCACGAAGUGCUUCUCGCUUCUAAACAGAGUGAACUGGCAGCCAAGGUAAUGGUAGAGUUGCUGGGCACAUACACAACAGAGAACGCUAGUCAGGCCAGAGAAGAUGCUCAACGUUGCAUCAUCGCGGCCCUUGCUGACCCUGGCACUUUCUUGCUUGACCCUCUGCUGGCCCUGAAGCCUGUACGCUUCCUGGAGGGCGAGCUUGUUCACGAUUUGCUCACCGUCUUCGUCUCUGAAAAGCUACCCAACUACAUCCACUUCUAUCAGAAUCACAAGGAGUUUGUACACUCUCUAGGAUUGAACCAUGAACAGAAUUUGAAGAAGAUGCGAUUGUUAACGUUCAUGCAGCUUGCUGAGGGUAGCUCUGAAAUGUCAUUCGACACCAUUCAACAAGAGCUGCAGCUGGAACCUGACCAAGUCGAGGCUUUCAUCAUAGAUGUGUUGAAAACAAAGCUUGUGAGAGCACGGAUGGACCAGGCUGCUAGGAAAGUGCAUAUCUCCAGCACAAUGCACCGAACAUUUGGUCGACCUCAGUGGCAACAAUUGAGAGACAUCCUUUUCAGCUGGAAACAGAACAUGGCGAAUGUGCAAGAAGGAAUGAAGUCUGUGGUUGCCGUUCAAAUGGAAAUGGCUGAAGCCAAAAAAAUCAUGACAUAAUCAUUCUUCUAUUUUCAAAAUUUCUUUAAGAAAUAAAAACUAUUUAAAGAA